AUGGCUGACUUUGUCGCUCCCUCACCACUGUGUGACAAUACCCUCGAGAGCUACGACGAGAAACAAGAUUUAGACCUCCAAAGGACGCUUGAGAGAUAUAGAGAAACGCUCCGCAGCUUUCCCAUAGGCAAAGGCUGGAUGACUGAACAUCUAGUUCAUUACCAGGGAUUCUGGCUUGCCCCUAAAGCUGCCUUGAAAGGUGUGAUAUGGAUCCAAGAUCGCUUCAAGGCUCGACCUACUGAUAUUGUCUUAGCUACAUUUCCAAAAACCGGCACCACAUGGCUUAGAGCACUUAUUUUCGCUACCAUAAACCGAACCCGCUAUGAUUUUUCCAAGCAUCCUUUACUCACCACUGGUCCUCAUGAUUGCUUUCCCUUCUUGGAUGCUUACAUUUACGAGAAUGAUCAAUCUGUUUCGAAUCUCGAUGCAUCUCCUUCACCACGUCUCCUCUCAACUCACAUCCCUUACACUUUGUUACCCGAUUCCAUGACCAAUUCUUCUGGCUGCAGCUUCAUUUACAUCUGCCGGAACCCCAAAGAUGUGCUUGUUUCCAAGUGGCUCUUUAUGAACAAGUUGAGGCCCAAAGAACUCCCACCCCUUUCAUUACAAGAGGCAUUUGAGUUGUUUUGCCAAGGGAUAUCCCAUUAUGGACCCUAUUGGGACCAUGUUUUAGGGUAUUGGAACGGGAGCUUAGAAACCCCAACGAAAAUCUUGUUCUUGAAGUACGAGGACUUGAAGAAGGAGCCAUUGGCUGUUGUUAAGCGGCUAGCUGAAUUUCUUGGUCACCCUUUCUCAUUAGAGGAAGAGAGCAUGGGUGUGAUCCAAGAAAUAGUAAGGCUGUGCAGUUUUGAGAAUUUGAGCAAUUUGGAAGUCAAUAGAACAAGCGCACAAAAAUUCAGCAGAGAUAUCAUAGUUGAUAAUCGUCAUUUUUUCAGAAAGGGUCAAGUCGGAGACUCGGAGAAUUAUUUGACAGCUGAGAUGAUAGAACGUCUAGAUGAGAUAACAGCUGACAAGUUAAUUGGUUCUGGAUUGAUAUUUGGUAGCUAA